AGAGGCAGCACUCGCGCGCGAGAAAGAAACCAAUAGCCAUAACCUAUUAUAUAGUGUCCUUUUUUACGUGAUACACCUCCUUAAUGUUGUAAAAAAAUAACAAAUAAUUAUUUCUACUUAAAGGGAAAUAAUUAAUAUUUCUACUCGUCAACAUAUCAACAGAUUUUUUAUGUGUUUAAAUUUUAACCGUUCUAAAAAAUAUUUAUAUUAGAAAAAAAUUGAGUCAAUGAAAAUCUUUUCAUACUGUAUUUAUAUCAUUACGUUAAGAUAUUAUAGUCAAACAUUUUACUUUUAAUAUCCCUUCCAGUUAUUAUUGUGUUUAUUUCUUUUCCUGAGAAAUAUUACACAAUUAAGCAGAUAUGUAUCAUGCCAAUCGGAUUUAUUACGUUCAAGCCUUAUUCAAAAACUUGAAUUGAAAAACUUGAUACUGAAAUAUCAUUUCAAGUUUUAACAACAGUGAAAAAUGUGAAAGAGGAGAUGACAGCUCGAGUUAACAACGGAGUACCAUUCAGAAAACGAUUUAUUGUUGUAUUAAUGAUUAUACUGACUUCAUACAUAAUUUUAAAUAUUAUUUCAUUUCCUGAUAUUACGAAAGAAAUCGUUUUACAGAAUGAAAUAGCUGAACUACAAGUUAAAUUAGAAACUUUACAAAAUAAACACGUAUCAACACAAGAGGAAAUCAAUUCAUUGACUCAUCACUUACUUUCACUCAGUAAGAAUGCCCAGACUUUGCCAAAUUUUCGAUUUCUCUUCAAUAAUAAAACUUUAAAUACGACAGCGGUAAAACUACCAUCAGUUCAUAAUUUUUUACCUCAUUUUCUGAAUGAUCCAAAUAGUCUAAAGCCAGCUUUUCUCCAAAGCAAAGGAAGAUCAGGGAUAAAUAUGAUUCUUGGAAUUCCCACUGUAAAAAGAGAUGUUCAAAAUUACUUGUUAGCGACGUUAAAAAAUUUAGUCGAAUGUAUGGACUCUAAUGAAGCAUCAGACACAUUGAUAAUUGUACUUAUAGCUGAAACAGACAUUGACUACGUGUCUUAUGUGGCUCAACAAAUCGGGAGUCAAUUCCCAGAAGAAUUGAAUAGUGGACUUAUUGAAAUAAUAUCACCAUCUCCUUCAUAUUAUCCUGACUUUUCUGAAGUAAAAGAUACUCUUGGUGAUACACAUCAACGAGUGGUUUGGAGAUCGAAACAAAAUCUAGAUUUUGCUUUUUUAAUGUCAUACGCCUACACAAAAGGAACUUUUUACAUCCAGUUAGAAGAUGAUAUACUAGCGAAAAAAAACUUUAUUACAAUAAUGAAAUCAUAUGCAUUGAAAAAAAUUAAUCUCAAAGAAAAUUGGUUUAUUCUUGAUUUUUGUCAAUUAGGGUUUAUCGGUAAACUUUUCAAAUGUGUGGAUUUACCCUGGCUGAUUCAAUUUUUCCUCAUGUUUUACAGUGACAAGCCUGUAGAUUGGUUAUUAGACCAUUUGAUAUCUACAAAAAUCUGUAGCUUAGAUAGAGACAGCAAAAAUUGUAAAAUAGCCAAAGCAGAAUUAUGGUUACAUUAUAAGCCUUCCUUGUUUCAACACAUAGGAAUCCACUCUUCUCUAAAAGGGAAAAUGCAAAAACUGAAGGAUAAACAGUUUGGUAAAAUUACACUUUUUUACACACAUAAUAAUCCUAGGGCAAUCGUUGAAUCAGAGAUCAAAGUCUACAAGCAAUACACGUUAGAUAAAGCAUACCGAGGUGAAUCAUUUUUUUGGGGUCUCUUGCCUCAAAUAGGAGAUCACAUAAAAUUUAAAUUUUCACGUCCUAUAUUCAUAAAAAAAUAUCUAUUCAGAAGUGGAAAUGCAGAACAUCCUUUGGAUAGAUUUUAUAACACAACAGUAGAAGUCUUACCAGACCUACCAAGUAUGCAUGAGAAAUACAACUACACUAUUACUAAAGACGGUUAUAUUUCAAUAGGUGAGUUUGAUAUUGAUGGAGUCGCUCAAGGAUCAGUCAGCAAACAACUUGGGAAAAUUCAAGAACUUCGUUUGACAGUCCAUAGUGAAAGUGAAAAUUGGGCAAUUUUGUCUGAAAUUCAAAUUUUAGAAGAUGGAAGAAGAUGACCAUUGCUUGA